AGCCUCGGGAAGAGGUGAAGUGUGCUGGCUUUUCCGAAGGUACUUGGCCGCUGUCCCGCCCCACGCUCCUGCGUAAACAGGCGGUUCCCGCAGCAACGCCUGGAACCCACGUUGAGGCUCCUCGGGGUCCUGGGCGACAGCCAGCCCUCCGGCAGAUCCCGACUACCGGCAGCGGCCUGUCUCCCAGGCCAAGCCACCCACUGGCUUGCUGCCGCCUCCCCUGGUGCGGAAUGAGCAGCCCUGCGGUGGCUGCGGAGCCCCAUGGAGCCGCCGCUGGGUCGCCAGCCCGUGUGCGCGGCCUCGUCCCGCAGCCCACGCCCCGGCGCCCUCUCCGCCGCCGGCACACCUGGAGAGACUUCCUCCGCGGAGACCGCGGCCGUGCUCUCCUUCGGCACCACCGCUACCGCAGCGGCCGCGGCGCUGGGGAACCAGAGCCGCGGGGCCGAGGGCGACAUCACCGGCGCCUCGACCGGCCGCGGCCUCGGCUGGCACGGGCCGGCUGGGGCGGAGGGGAGGCCGGCGGUGGUGGCGGCCCAGGCGCUGGUCCUCCUGCUCAUCUUCCUGCUGUCUAGCCUGGGCAACUGCGCGGUGAUGGGGGCGAUCGUGAAGCACCGGCAGCUCCGCACCGUCACCAACACCUUCAUCCUGUCCCUUUCCCUGUCGGACCUGCUCACGGCGCUGCUGUGCCUGCCCGCCGCCUUCCUGGAUCUCUUCACGCCGCCCGGGGUUUUGGUGCCUGACCCCGCCGCCGCAAGGCCCUGGCGCGGCUUCUGCACCGCCAGCCGCUUCUUCAGCUCGUGCUUCGGCAUCGUAUCCACGCUCAGCGUGGCCCUCGUCUCCUUGGACCGCUACUGCGCCAUCGUGCGGUCGCCCCGGGAGAAGAUCGGUCGCCGCCGCGCGCUCCAACUGCUGGCGGGCGUCUGGCUGGUGGCCCUGGGCUUCUCCUUGCCCUGGGAGCUGCUCCUCACACCCCUUGAGUCCCUGGCAGCACAGAGCUUCCACAGUUGCCUCUACCGGACGACUCCGGACCCAGCGCAGCUGGGCGCGGCUUACAGCGUAGGGCUGGUGGUCGCCUGCUACCUGCUGCCUUUCCUGCUCAUGUGCUUCUGCCACUACCACGUUUGCAAGGCUGUGCGCCUGUCGGAUGUGCGCGUGCGGCCCAUGACCACCCACGCACGCGUGCCUCGCUUCUUCAGCGAGGUGCGCACGGCCACCACUGUACUCAUCAUGAUCGUCUUCGUCGUAUGUUGCUGGGGACCCUACUGCUUCCUGGUGCUGCUGGCUGCCGCCCGGCAGGCCCAGGCCGCGCGGGCCCCCUCGCUCCUCAACGUGGUGGCUGUCUGGCUGACCUGGGCCAAUGGAGCCAUCAACCCUGUCAUCUAUGCCAUUCGCAACCCCAACAUAUCGAUGUUCCUGGGGCGCAGUCGGGGAGAGGGUUACCGGACUAGGAAUGCGGGUGCUUCCCUGCCCAACCAGGGCACGGGCCUGCAGGUCAGAAGGCGUAAACGCCUGCGAAACCCACACGGCUAUAACAACCGGCUGAGAGCCUGCAGCAGAAUGACUUCUUCCAGUCUGACCAGCAGGGUGGCUGGGGACGAGGCCUUGUGGGCUCGCAAAAAUCCAGUCGUACUUUUCCGCCGGGAAGGGCCACCAGAACCUGUGACAGCAUUGACCAAACAGCCUAAAUCUGAAGUCGGGGAUACCAGCCUCUAAAAAGGAUUGGCACACACAGUUUGUGACGGCAAAUUUUCACCAGCUUUGUUUAACGAUACAGGAUUCUGGGGGGAAGCGUGUAUCUCAUAAAGCCAAACACUUAAAGAAGGUACAGAGGAGGAGGCCUACCCCUCUUCCCCCAAACAACAUACAAGGCGAAGUCCCCUUCUUCAGAAGGGACAAAGGGAAUGUAAAGUGCACAUUAAUCUUAAACCACACCAAGCAUUGUGAACUGUAA